UUGAAUCUCAAAUGGUAAAAAUGAUAACAUCCAUAUUUUAUUAUUUCUUCAUUAGAUGAAGGCGAGUUUUCUAAGUGUUGAGGUCAAACAAAGAGACACAUUAACCUCGUCUCUGUGCUUUAAAAGGGUCAAAUAAUUAAAAAAAACUCUGGAGCAUCUGCAGAGCCUCACCGCUGGAGGAUUGGGAUUUUAUUUUCUGAAAGUUUCUGCUCUAAAAUCAAAUUAGUGUCGUUUUGUUUCCAGAUUAAAACUGCUUUAAAUCUAAAUUACUUCAAACCCUCCUUUCAGUGGGUUGUGGCGCCCCCUGCUGGAUAAAGAUGGAACAGUUUUUCACGUUAGAGGAGAGUCUCUCCACCUGAAAAUGAAAAUGUUAGGAAACUAAAGUUUUCGCCACAGGUUUCUGUCAUGUGGUCAGAAACCCAAAUAUCUCAGAUUUACUUCUAAAACAGAAUAAAUCACAGUCUGUGUUUCCACUCAUGUCAAAGCAGAAAGUGAAUUUAAAACACAUGAAAACAGUUUCUGGAUCCAAUCUUAAGCAGAAAGUAAUUUAAUGUCUGGUUGAUGAUUUACUGUUUGGAACUUAAAUUUAUCUGCUUGUUGCUGAAAAUGAUUGUUUUCUGAACAACAUGUCAAACAGGAAUAAACCAGAAUGCAAGGUGGUGAGGAAAACUUCCUGCUUUGACAGAAGCUUUAAAGAUUAAUAUCAAGCUUCAAACUGUAAAUGUUUAAUCUUUAACUGAUUAAAUCAAUAAACAACAAGUAGUCUUGUGGUUCUUGCUUGUAAAUAUGAAGGAUGGUGUUGAAGUAACUGAGGGACAAAGAAUCCAUGUUUGGAGGAAGAGGAGUCCAACUGUUCUGGAAUAAAAAGCAAGAAUUUAACAACGGCAGCACUGAGAACAGUUUCAUCUACUGUCUUUAUUACAGGUUCUGUUCUGAUCUGAGAAAAAUUAAACCUGUUAAUCAGUGAGUUUUAUAAUAGCAGCUCAAAGGUUGAAUUCUGGACUUUGGAAUGAAACACAACCUCAAUCAGAAGUGAACCAAAGCAGGAAUCAGUUUCUGAUCGUUGGUUCCUGCAGAGAGUCGAUCAGAUUCACCUUCAGACCAAACCAGCAGCUUCCUCUGACUGAGUCCAGCUGCAGGAGGGAAAAGUGGAAACCUCCAACUCUGCUGCUUCAAGCUGCUCACACUGAAGGUGAGUUGGACCAAAACACUCAGAGUCACUUUGGGGGAAGUUAGUAGAGGAGGGAGGGAGCCGAGACUGACUGGACCUUCUGUGUUUUCAGCUUCACUCAGAGACAAAAUGGCUUCCAGAUCAGAGGAGGAUCUCUGCUGUCCGGUCUGUCAGGACGUCUUUACGGAUCCAGUGGUUCUGUCAUGCAGCCACAGCUUCUGUAAGGAGUGUCUGAAGAACUCAUGGAGAGCAAGACCUGGACGUUCAUGUCCUGUUUGUAGGAAAAGAUCUGACAGAGAAGAUCCUCCAGUUAGUCUGACUCUGAAGAGACUCUGUGAAUCAUUCCUACAGCAGAAAAUCCAAAAUGCUUCAGAGGGUCUCUGCUCUCUGCACUCGGAGAAACUCAAACUCUUCUGUCUGAACCAUCAGCAGCCAGUUUGUCUCGUCUGCAGAGAUUCCGAAAAACACUCCAAGCACAGAUUCAGACCCACUGAUGAAGCUGCUCAGCAACAGAAGAAGAAACUUCAGGAAACUCUGGAGCCUUUAAAGAAGAAGCUGGAGCUGAAGAAGGAAGUUAAAGAGGAGUUUGAUCAGACAGCAGAACACAUGAAGGUCCAGGCCCGACACACAGAGAGGCAGAUUGUUGAGCAGUUUAAGAAGCUUCAUCAGUUUCUGGCAGAGGAAGAGGAGGCCAGGCUGGCUGCACUGAGGGAGGAAGAGGAGCAGAAGAGAGGGAUGAUGAAGGAGAAGAUGGAGGCUCUGAGCAGAGAGAUAGCAGCUCUUUCAGACACAGUCAGAGCCACAGAGGAGGAGCUGAGAGCUGCAGACGUCUCAUUCCUGCACAACUACAAGGCUGCAGUGGAAAGAGUCCAGCGCUGCCCCCUGCUGGAGGAUCCACAGCUGCCCUCAGGAGCUCUGAUAGACCAGGCCAAACAUCUGGGCAACCUGGCCUUCAACAUCUGGAGCAACAUGAAGGACAUGGUGACCUACACUCCUCUGGUUCUGGACCCAAACACGRCUGGUCCAGAACUCCAUCUGUCUGAAGAUCUGACCAGUGGGAGGAGAGGAGAGAAACAGCAGCUUCCUGAUAAUCCAGAGCGGUUUGGACCAGAGUGGUCCGUCCUCGGCUCUGAGGGUUUUAACUCGGGGAACCACAGCUGGGAUGUUGAUGUGGGAGUCGGUCAGUUUUGGUUGCUGGGUGUGUUCGUGGAGUCUGCCCAGAGGAAGGGGAAGAUACUGUCUGGAUUUCGGGUUAUACAGUUCUAUGGAGGUAAAUAUUCAGCAUGGAUUGCAGCUCGUAUCUCAGAUCUCCCAACCCAGAAGAAACUCCAGAGGAUCCGAGUGAAUCUGGACUGGGACGGAGGAAAGCUGUCGUUCACUGAUCUGGAUACUAACACACACAUACACACCUUCACACAUACCUUCAGUGAGAAGGUGUUUCCGUGUUUUGUCUCUACCAGCAUCAAAAUCCUGCCCAUGGAGAUCUCAGUGAAAAAACAGCAGCUCUGUCCAAGUUAAAGCUUCUUGAUGAGAUUUAAACUCUGUGGUUUUGACAGGAAACUGGAGGUGAUCUGACUGAUCAUGUUUUCAGAUCAGCUUCGUAAGCCAGAAACUGAAUGUGACAUAAAGUGCAUGAUGUGAAGCUUAGACUGGCACUGACUCAACAAGGUCAGUUUAUCUCAUACAUCACAAAGAAAACAUUUCAAAGAAAUUAAAGGGUAAGCAUCUAAAAUGCAUUCAUCAAGGUUUGAUUAAACAGAGGGCUCAAUAUAUCAGAUGCCUCAGAGUAUAAACAUCUGGGGGUUUUUAGGCCAUUUGGUCCAGAUCUGAGGAGCAUAGAGACUGAAAGGUGCCUCACUUUGUUCUGCUCUGGUUCUUGAACAGAAAUUCUACAAAGACCAAUCAACCUGAUCAUUCCUCCAUCCAGACUUUGUACAUGUCUGACGUCUCUGCAGACCCCACACAUACUGGACACAAGCCGGUUAGACGUUUAGCUUCUGGGUGGCGUCACAAAGAAACAGUCUUCCACCAGACUGUCCCUCUGACUGACUCUUCAUAGUGACCAACUUCUUACUGGCAGUCAGUACUAUGAACAUUAGCAUUUUUUCAGCCUUGUCUUCUUCUUUUGUAAUGUACUGUAUACAAAACAAUUCAUACACAACUAUGUACUAAACAGGAGAAUGAAGCUUUUUCUGAUCAAUCAUUGGCAGAUGUGUGAAUUGGGUGUUGUCUCUGUGAGGUACUGGUGUCUGCUGUCCACUGAACCCAGCUGAAGAGAGUAAACAAAGUAGAUUUACAUAAAAUAAUGUUAAAAAGACAAGUACUAAUAACAUCUGAUUUAACUAGUAAUAAAUUAUGUAAUAAAAAUGUGUUGAAAUUCUGGUGUUUAAAGCAGAAAAUAAAGUAAAAAGGAACCCCGGGCCGAUUGUCCUGUAAUAUCCUAUUAAUCCUUUCUAUCCUGUAUGAAAACUGAAGACUGGAACCAGUUUCAUUCCGUUAACUUUUACUGUUUGGGUUAAAUCAAAGUAAUCAGGCCAAGUUUAGUUCUCGUAAACUGACAAAUUUGGUAAGAUCUAAACCUGAAGUGAUGCUGUUGU